GUACUAAAAUGUCCCAUGUUCCUAACGGUCUGUGAACGCCUCAUGACGUUCCUUUUGUUCAUUUGAGCAGACAGGUGUCAAUCUGUUAUCGGCCAAUCCGCGCCUGUCAAAGAUGAGGGUCACCGACCUAUCGGAUUCUGAGAAGGGGGCGGGACUAACAAAACGAGCGGGAAACGCUGAGGUUAGCAACAAGAGACGCGCGGGAAAAAUAUCAACGCGACAAAGAGUCAGUGUGCCUCAAGCCUACACGCCGCCACGCAUGCUGCUGCUGUCGAGGGCGCUCAGGACUUCGCUGUCGCUAUGGAAACCUGCUGAUGCACGGACGUCUCGUCAGGACCAGUUUCUUCAUCUCACGUCACUUUUCAUCAUCGAACAGAAGGUUUGAUGACAACUGACCAGCUGUGUUUCUGAAUCUCCAAGGAUCACUGUUUACCUGCUGUGAGAAAAUGGCUUCACGAUCAGAAAAGGAUCUCUCUGAAGAGUCAGAUGAUGAAGGAGAAUAUGGAGGCUCUGAGCAGAAAGAUAGCAGCUCUAUCAGACACAAUCAGAGCCACAGAGGACGAGCUGAGAGCUGAAGACGUCUCAUUCCUGCACAACUACAAGGCUGCCAUGGGAGUCCAGGACCACCGCCUGCCGGAUCAUCCACAUCUGUACUCAGGAUCUCUGAUAGACGUCGCUAAUAGUGACACACAUCAUUGACCCAAUAAUAAAGGACUGCCAUCAGGACAAACUCUAUUGUUAUUUACUUUUCUUUAUCGUAUCAAUAUUAGUCUUUGAACAUUCUUGAGUUUUGUAAUCAAAGUGAAUCACAGGAUUGCAUUCAUUUCCUUCCUUUAUUGUUGCACAGAAAUGAAGUGCAUACUGAUUUAAGUCUGUGUUAACUCACAACAAUAAUAUAUCUUUGCUAAAAACAUUAAGAAUUGUGCUCAAUUACAUAACAUACAGAGAGUGUAAACUGAAGUGGAUUAGUUCAACUAAAACCUACAGCUGUGUUGAUAAAGCUGCACCUUCCUCUUCCUUGAAACAUUAUCCAAGCAUCUCUUCCUUUUAAUAUUAGUAUCAGCCUGUAAGCUGAUUGGGCCGGUGUACCUUCCGUCAGUCUAUAACUUCCAGUGACAACUAAGAGAAACCUGAUCCUUGAUGAAAGGGCAGUACAAAGCUCCACCUCUUACCUGACUCACCUCACCUGAGGCGAAGCAAGAAGUGUAAACUGUUACUCUUCGACUGCAGAGAGACACUUAGACACAGGCAGGGCACUGACUGGGAACACGAGAGAAGAUGGCUUCUCCGUUAGAGAAGGAUCUCUCCUGUCCCGUCUGUCAGGACUUCUUCAAAGAUCCUGUUGUUCUAUCAUGCAGCCACAGCUUCUGUAAAGACUGUGUGCAGAGAUGGUGGAGACAAAAACUAGUAAAGGAGUGUCCAGUUUGUAAGAGGAGGUCUUUACUGAGUGAUCCACCUCAUAACUUGGCUUUGAAGAACCUGUGUGAGACCUUCGUACUGGAGAGAGAUCAGAAAACAGCGGGGUCAGAGGCUCUCUGCAGUCUGCACUCUGAGAGACUCAAACUCUUCUGUCUGGACCACGAACAGCCGGUGUGUCUCAUCUGCAGAGAUUCAAUAAUACACAAGAACCACAGAUUCAGACCCAUCCAUGAAGCUGCACAGGAUCCCAAAAAGGUGCUCCAGACAUCCCUGAAACCCUUAAAAGAGAAACUGAAGCUGUUUGAACAAGUUAAAGGAAACUACGAUCAGACAGCAGAACACAUUAAGGUCCAGGCCCGACAUACAGAAAAGAAGAUCAAGAAGCACUUUAAAGAGCUUCACCAGCUUCUAGAAGAGGAAGAGGAGGCCAGGAUCACUGCUGUGAGGAGGGAAGAGGAGCUGAAGAGUCAGAUGAUGAAGGAGAAGAUGGAGGUUCUGAGCAGAGAGAUAGCAGCUCUAUCAGACACAAUCAGAGCCACAGAGGACGAGCUGAGAGCUGAAGACGUCUCAUUCCUGCUGAACUACAAGGCUACAGUGGAAAGAGUCCAGCAGUACCCACUGUUGGAUGACCCAGAAUUACCCUCAGGAGUUCUGAUAGACGUCACCAAACACCUGGGCAACCUGAACUUCAACAUCUGGAGCAAGAUGAAGGACAUGGUCUCCUACACUCCUGUGAUUCUGGAUCCAAACACCGCUCAUCCAGAACUCGCUCUGUCUGAAGAUCUGACCAGUGUGAGACACGGAGAGAAAAAGAACCUUCCUAAAACCCCAGAGAGGUUUGAUUCCUUCAUCUCUGUCCUCGGCUCUGAGGGCUUCAACUCAGGGACUCACAGCUGGGACGUCGAGGUAGGAAGCAGUCCAGCCUGGGCAGUGGGAGUCUCAGCAAAGUCUUCCCUGAAUAAUUCAGACACGCCGUUUGGAUCAUUCAGAAUUGUGUUCUGUGACGGUGAAUACACAACAGCCUCAGAUCCGGAUCAGCGUACUGUUCUCCAAGUAAAGAAGAAGCUCCACAGGAUCAGAGUUCAUCUGGAUUUUGACAGCGGAAACUUGACAUUCUCCGAUCCUGAUUCUGACACACACAUACACACUUUUAAACACACUUUUACUGAGAGGCUGUUUCCAUACUUUAACACUGAAAAGAGACGCCCACUCAAAAUAUUGCACAUUCCUGUCUCUGUGAGAGUAAAACAGUAGCCUGUAGUUAGACAUGAGGAUAAUAACGUGAGUGUUGAUAUACAUGAAGUGUUUUUACAUCUUUCUUACACUUGUCUUUGACUUCAGUUUACCUGCUCUCACUCGUGGCAGCACGUUUGACACAGUCGGUGUGAUCUUAAUGUAAAAAUGUAGAAGUGGCAGUUGGUCCAGUUGAACCACUCACCAAACCUUGUGGGUUUCCUGAAAGUUUUGACCUCAAGAAGUCAGGAGGAGGUUACAGUACAGUCGGUUUGUCUUAUUAGUUUAUCUCAUAUAGUUGUGUUCAUUAUUUUUAUCAGUUAUGGUAACCUUUUACUUAUGCCUACCACAAACUUAGAAACGUACUAGAGAGAGCGCAUCUGUUGGGAGACAGCAUCCGGAUUUUACACUGAAAUUGAAAAAUUUGUUCUGCAACAGUGAAAUUGUUUGAAAGUUGUUUGGGGUAAGGUCAGCAUUAGAGUCACAGACACCAAGUUUAGUCAUCUAAACUAAAAAUGUUGGUUAUGACCUCACAUGUCAUAAAAAACCUUUGUCUUCAUGUUUUCUUUCAAUAUGUUUCGGGACUUGUGAGCCCUUGAGGUCCGUAACAUAUUUGGGGGCUCGUCCAUUUCGAGUUGGUCUUCAGCUUUUUGUUGAUUCCAACUGAGUGCCGUGUCUAUAAGUGGCGCGUCGGCAGGUUUAGUUUGGGGGUGGAUGCUGGGUGUGACGGCCGUUGGCUGGCUCUCUCUCGUUUUGUUUGUUUUGGCCAGGAACCUCCAACCUUUUUGUUUUGUUAUUUUCUUGGGGAAUUAUUUCGUUUGUUUUGAAUUAAUAAAAAAAAAAAGAUUGUUUUAGUGACAACUUUUGUCUUCAUGUUUUCUUUCAAUAUGUUUCGGGCCUUGCGAGCCCUUGAGGUCCGUAAAAUAUUAAGGUUCCUCGUGUUUUCCCCUCCCCUCUGUGUCAUGUUUGUCUUGUCUGUCUCUUCCUGUUUGUGUGUGUUGUUGGUGAGCGUGGCCUUCAGAUUCCCCCUCAACUGCCUAAUCACAACCACAACCUGCACGGGAUAGAGACCGGCUCAAGUUUCCAGACUCUUUCCGUCCUUGUUGAGGUCACCGAUGCUACAACCAAACUCUGUGCUGAACCUUGUUUUUGCUCUGCCUCAGGAUUUUUGCCUCGUCCAACCAAGUCUCAUCAUCCUCGCUUUUUUUUUGUUGGCCUUUUUAAGCUUUAUUUCUGAUAGGGACAGCUGAAGAUUUGAACCCUGGGCUUCCACAGCAAGGACUGAGCCUUAGCACAUGGGCCGGCUCUACCGACUGAGCUAAGCGCCGCCCCCAGACCACCUCUUUUUAAUGAACUGUUUUCAUUGAUUCUUGUUUCCUGUUUGCAUAUCAGGUUCGCAACUAUUUAUUUAAACCAUGUAGUUAAACUGGAGGUGAAUGUGACACAAGACUAAAGACAGUCAGUGUACCUCUCUGAUUGUAAAUAUUACUCUAGUUUGCAUGAUUAUUCCAACAUGUUCGUCUGAGGAAAGAUCUGUGCUAUAAUGAAGAAAAUAAAAAACUUAAAAGUCUCAUUUGGCUACGAUUACCUUCUGUUGUGAAAUUACAUAGAAGAAAAAGUGAUAUACAUAUCCACUGUGUCUAUAGAGUGAGGCAGCCCUAACCUCUGACCUCACUUACUACAGUAAUGAUUAAAAUAGCACUUGCUUUCCUAAACACAAACUUACAAAUGCUCUGGAUCUCAAGGAGAAGAUUUAACACUAUCUGUACAGUGACCUCCGACUGCUUGAUCCCGUAAAACCCAUGUUUGACAUCCUAGAAUAGAAAAUUCCCUCACAAUCCUGGCAAAACAUUUCCUCAUCUGUUGCAGGUGAAAAAGAAAUUUAAGGAACUUAAAAAGAUGGUGUGUUCUUGAAUUUUUAACACAGGAGAGAAAAGUAUUUUGGGGCAGCAGCUGCUCUGUCUGUAGAGAUUAAACUUGGGAAUACAACAGUGGCCGGUUCAAGUCCAGGAUGGACCAAAAUAUGCAGGGUGGACUGGUAGCUGGAGAGGUGCCAAUUCACCUCAAUGUUAUGUGACAGUGUCAAAAACUAUGGUAGAAAAUGGAGUCUUUUGUCUUCUGGAAUACAUCUAGUACUGUGUGUAUAUGAUUAUGACAUAUCCAUGGUGAAGUGCAUGUGUUAGAUGAUUCAUGCACAGGAAUGUUGGACCAGUUACAAUCAAAAUAUGUGGGAAGAUUGCGCAGCAGGGACGGGGUUGUGAUGCAUAAUGAAAAUACCUGACGUACAAAUCAAACAGAUCCAGGCCGACUUUCUCAACAUGGAACCUUUCACUUUGUAUUCUGUUAGCGGCGGAGAAUAGUGAGUCACGGUGACAAAACAAAGGAAGGUGAAGCUUUGUCCUCCUCGCCUU